AUGCCUUCGCCCCCCGCGAAGAAGGCGAAGCCGACGCCGGAGGCGGCGCCGUCGCCGUCGCCGUUCGAGCUCUUCCUCGAGGCCGACGCGUUCAGCGCGAAGUUCGCGCUCGUCUCCAAGUGCGACGCGCACGCGCGCGAGAUGCUCAAGCGCGUCAGCCGCGGAGCGCGCAAAUCCGUGGAGGACGCGGAGUACGCGGCGCGCGUCGACGUACACCGCGCGCGUCUCAAGGCGAAAGCGUGCGUGGACGCCGUCGAGAGGCUGCGGUGGGCGGCAGCGAACGGGUGCCCUUUAAACGACGCGAGGCUCUGCGCGCUCGUCGCUCGAAGGGGGUGCCUCGAAGCUCUGAAGUGGGCGCGAGAACAAGGGUGCCCGUGGGACGCGUCCACGCCCGCGGCCGCGGCGCGCGGCGGGCACCUCGAGGUGCUCAAGUGGGCGAACGAACAGGGAUGCCCGAUGAACGACAAGGUGUUUAAGCAAGCGGCGAAGGGCGGACACCUCGACGUUAUCAAGUACCUCGUGCCCCCCGCCGCCGUCCUCGUCAAAGUCGCCCCCAAUGGGGACGAAUUGGAGGACCCAGACUUUUUCGUGGACGCCGAGGAAGACCACGACGAUGAGGAGACUAUCGAGGAAGAGAUCGUCGUGGCUGCAUCCGAAGGCUACGACGCCCUCGCGGAUCUCGCGGAAGAGUUGAAAACUCCCGUCGACGAACUUUUGCGGCGAUACCGCGAUAUGGAGGCGUCGUCUCCGGGCGACGAGGAAGACGCGGAGACGAACGACGAAGACAGCGACGUCGACGGUGAGAAGAAACUUGAACUUGGACUCGAAGUUAUCGUGGACGAGAACGACUUCUUCGUGCCCUUCCGCCACGUGGUUGCAGGUGCGGCGUGCGGCGGUCACGUACACAUUUUCAACUGGCUUCGUUUUGAAAAAAAAUGGAUUCCACCCGGUCGUGAACACGACGACGAGAGAAUGUUCAGGUACGCCGCGCGAGGGGGGCAGCUCGAGAUCAUCAAAUGGUUAUAUGCACGUGAUAAAACCCCUGACGCGUGGGCGGCCGCGUUCGCCGCCCGAGGCGGACACCUCGAUGUUCUGAAGUUCCUGAGAAUGAUGCUCGCGCCGAUGGACUCGACGGUCGGUACCGGCGCGGUCAUGAGCGGGAACAUCGAUGUGGUACGCUGGGUGUACGCGCUGGGUGACCGAUACGUCGACAAAUUCUGGCAGUACGCGUUCGCCGCGCGGCACGGGAAGGCAUUCGUGAACGCGGUGAGUGAAGUUUGUAACCAGCACGGGUACUACUCGAUCAAGUUUUCCAGUAUCUCGAUAACUGCUGAAGAAGCGCGUCUACGAAGCGCGGUGUUUGCCGUGGCCUACGGCAACUUCGAUCUCCUGAAGACGCUCCGCUCCAUGUCAACUCGAAUUACGGAUUACUACACCACAGAGGGUGAGGAGAUGAAGCUCAUCACUGAUGCCGCAUUGGGCAUGCACAACCUCGUCUAA